GCCGUCGCGCGUCUCGUGUCUCCCGGCCGCCGACGCUGCCGCCUCGGGUCGUGGAGCCAGGAGCGACGUCACCGCCAUGGCCGGCAUCAAAGCUUUGAUUAGUUUGUCCUUUGGGGGAGCAAUUGGGCUGAUGUUUUUGAUGCUUGGAUGUGCCCUUCCAAUAUACAACAAAUACUGGCCCCUCUUUGUUCUGUCUUUCUACGUCCUCUCACCUAUCCCGUACUGCAUAGCAAGAAGGUUAGUAGAUGACACAGACUCUAUGAGCAACGCGUGUAAGGAACUCGCCAUAUUUCUUACAACAGGCAUUGUUGUCUCAGCUUUUGGACUCCCUAUUGUAUUUGCCAGAGCACAUCUGAUUGAAUGGGGGGCCUGCGCGCUGGUUCUCACGGGAAACACAGUCAUCUUCGCAACCAUCCUCGGCUUCUUCUUGGUCUUCGGAAGCAGUGACGACUUCAGCUGGCAGCAGUGGUGAGAAGGAGUUGCUGAACUGUUGCCACGUGGACCUCUUGCCGUUCGUUGGCCGUCCGUGCACACAGGAGAGUGACGCUAUGUGGCUUAGCAAGCCUCCUCUCACUGUUAUUGUAAGCGUACUGUUUUCACAGAGACUUGCUGAAGGAUUAAAAGGGUUUUCUCUUUUGGAAAAGCUUGACUGAUUUCACACAUAUCUAUAGUAUGCUUUUUGUAGUGUCCUGCUGAAUUUAAAUAUUUAUGUGUUUUUCCUGUUCAGUUUUUUUUUUUUUAAUCAAUAGGCAAUGUUAAACAUUUUUUAAAUGUAAUAACCAUUUGCAUUGGCUAGGAAUUCAGAAUUCUGCUGGCUGUAUUACUGGGCUAAAGUAUAUCUUUUCUCUUAAAAUUAUUUAACCUGCAUUAUUACAAAAAGUUAUAAAAAUAAGUUUUCAAUCAUCCAGGAUGACAUCACUGCCAAUGUUAUGCAAACAUGCAGACCAUUGGCAUACCUUACAGACUAUGUACUCAGUGCAAAUAUAACUGCAUUUAUACCUCAGAGGGGCCAAGUAUUAAUGCCUAAGCCCUCCAUAAGGGUUGCUGGUUUUACUAGUAGACAGGUGUUUUGUGAAUUGAAAAUUAUUUUAUGGAAUUGAUAUAAAGGAGUGCUUUUCUUCUCAAUUGUUAGAAGAAUUUAUGUUAAACUUUAAGGUAAGGGUAUAAAAACAGAUUUUUGAGAUAUGGUUUUUAUGUUUAUUAUAGUUAAAGUGAGUUGCAGUAUGGGAAGAAACGACAUUGAAAUUCCAUUUUUUGAACCCUGUUUCUAUUUAUAAGUGAAGUUUUUGAUCUUUGAUCUUCUAUCAGCCUUUCAUGUUUUACCAUGGGUAAAAUGGACAUACAUAGAACUACUGAUGAGGGAAAGUUGUAUGUUGUACCAUAUGUACCAGGAAACCUUCCUCUGCUUCCUCCUUUAAACGUAUUUUGUACAUUGUAUAUAUUAAGUAGAGUAACUUUUCAAAUAUAGUUUAAUAACACUUAGAGGUAUUUAACUCACCUGGAAAAUAACUGCUAUGCCAUACAUUCAAAGUUUCCCCUCCCCUGCAAGGCCUUGACAUAAUUAACAAGUGACUUGUUAGUCUUGCAGAUAAUUCAUGCAUUAACAGUUUAAGAUUUAGACCAUGGUAAUGGUAGCUCACAUUCUCUAAGGUUAUAUCAUGUGUAAUUUAAAGAUAUUUAAGUUUUCUGUAUACCUCUCAACUGUUUUGAUUUUGAUUUCAUCAUGAUAGAUCUGCUAUUUCCUUAUAAAAGGCAUUUAUUGUGUGAAUUAAUACAAAGUAGCAAAAUCCAGCUAUAUAGCAGGUUCAGGCGUAAACCUGACCAAAAAAUUCCCAGUAACCAGGCUUGAUCAAAUUGAAGUGGUCAUUUACAUCUCAGUUAUCAGUACUUUUUCAGGAGCUGGUUGUGAAGAUGUUGAAGUUGGUCUAACAAUAUUUUGUUAAAGAUAUUUGUUUGUAUGUUUAUUCAGUAUACUUACAUAAAAGUUGUUUGGCCUUCAGCCGUAACUGAGUAAUCUUGACAGCUAUCUUUCAUUGUUUUAUAAAGUUUAUUUCUCAAGAAAAUGGGAACAAAUUUUGGAUUUGUUCAGCUUUUUACUAAAGAUGUCUAAAGCCACAGGUUAUAUUGCCUAACCCAAGUUGUUACUUUUAGCUGUGAGAUGGGAAGCAGGGUGAAAUAUUGAUCGGCAUGUGGCUGUACCAUUUACACAUUAGGCUGAAAAUGGCUUGUGGCUUUAUGAUGUUCUAGACUUAAAGAGAAAUGUACAAGUGCACAUGAAUUAGUCAGCUGGUGACAGAGUUGGGGACUCUUUGUGCCUGUGAUCUACUGGAUUUUUUUGCAGGAAGUGCAUUCUCUGGUCCUUCCCCAUUUUCUGUUCUUCUAGAUGUCAGUGCAGUGCACUGAAAUGGUUUUACUCACUUAGCCAUACACUCUUUUUCUAACAGCUGCAUAUUCUUUCUGUAUACUAACUGCAUUGGCAGCAUUGUGUCUUUGACCUUGCAUACUAGCUUGACACAGUGCUGUCUCUGAUUUCUAGGCUAGUCACUUGAGGUAUGAAUUUUCCUUAGAAUAUGCACUGAUACAGCAUUGCCAUUCUUCUAUGGAAAGAAAACUUUUGAUGAUGAAACAAUA